CAUGGAAAAAGCAAGCGUCCGAACGCGAUUGUCUGUAAAUGUGUUUUUCUUCAAGCAACGUAGCGUUGUUUAUAAAGCUGCACCAUCGCGAGCGGAUGCAAUGAAACUUUUGGUUUCGAAUUUACUAUUACUAUAAGACACCCUCGAUCAGUAUCUUCCAGCGCAUGUGUGACUAACCCAAACGGCGCCAUCUUUCCUUACUCUGAUGACCCACCCGCUCUGUCUUAAGGAUUAACUCGAGCGAGGUUCCCAUGGAGCUCUGUAGAGCUGUCAUAGGCCCGGCUCUUAAAUCUCCAGUGAGAGCAGGAGGUUUUGUCUUCCUUUCAUGAACGCGCUGUUUACCGGGCUGAUUUACGUGCGUUGUUCUCUUCUGGGGUUUCCAAGACAGGCGUGCUUCUUCCCAAACUUCAGUAGUUUUAUUGGCGAAACCAAAAAGGAACAACAGACUGUACGAUGAUAACACCUUGACUCAGGACUCGGUGUUCUUCUGAGAACCAGCAAGUUAGGCUUAUAUAUAAAAUCAAAUUCAAAACUUUGCUAGUGACAUUACGGUUUAAUGAGCUGAACUUUGCUUUGCAUUCCUUGCAGUGGGUGCCUCUUAAAUGGAUCGACCAAUUGGGGCGAACGUUAAGGCUUGACCCUCCGCCCCCUUUUUUUUGCAUUCAGCCUGUCAGAGCUGCUUUUGUGUCUGAAGUAUUGCUUCUGUGUGUGUGUGUGUGUGUGUGUGUGUUUGUGUGUUUUCCCCUCCUAUUACUGCUGCUCAGCCUCCCGAGCACCAGUACUGGAGUGUGACAAGCUCAGCUAUGCAGUGUGUGAACCAGCUCUCAGCUCAAGCCUGGUGGUAAAUCCUGGCCAGCGCACACUUCAAAAGGUUUGUUGGAGAUUUCUACUUAUUCUGCUGAUUGAGCUGAGUGCAAGGAAAGCACAGAGCUCCAGAUGCCAUUUGCUGAAGUGGAUGUGAGCGAUAAGAGGACACACCGAGUGACCAGAAAGUUGGCGAGCGGAAGAAACCAUUUCCUUUUGUUUGCCUUCUGAAGAACCUUGAUUGCUACUUGUUUCCGCCACGUACGGAAACGUGAGGGCUUUGCUCGACGCUCAAAACGUCUUUAUGGGAAAGUAGUUGUGGUCUUUGUCUAGAACAGUAUUCUGAUUUGAAUUCCUACAACUAAAGCAAAAACAAGAGAAAAUCCAAGCAAAUAAAAAGGACUUAAUAAGUGUAAGGAUGGCAAAUUCAGGAUUUCAGCUCCUGGGCUACUUCUUGGCUCUGGGCGGAUGGAUCGGGAUCAUCUCGACUACGGUGCUGCCCCAGUGGAAGCAGUCGUCGUACGCAGGAGACGCCAUCAUCAUGGCAGUGGGGCUGUACGAGGGUCUGUGGAUGUCCUGCGCAUCCCAGAGUACAGGACAGGUGCAGUGCAAGAUCUUCGACUCGCUGCUGUCCCUCGACAUCCACAUUCAGACGUGCCGAGCUCUGAUGGUCAUAUCUGUGCUGAUGGGCUUCAUUGGCAUUAUAGUGAGUGUAGUGGGCAUGAAGUGCACCAGGGUGGGUGACAACAACCCUGCCACCAAGGGCAAGAUCGCUGUGGCAGGAGGAGGCCUCUUCCUACUCGCAGGUUUGUGUACGCUGGUGUCUGUAUCCUGGUAUGCAACGCAAGUCUCUGUUCACUUUUUCGAUCCAAACACACCUCUGAAUGCCAGGUAUGAAUUUGGCUCCGCCCUGUUUAUUGGAUGGGCAGCGGCCUGCUUGACGAUCCUGGGAGGCUCCUUCCUCUGCUGCUCCUGCGCUAAUGAGGCCCGAGGAGGGCAGCAGUACUACCGGCAAUCGCAACCCUCUACUGCCAGGGAGGCUGAGUUAUUGAGUGAGACUAGUUUCCCUGACUGACCAAACCUCCCUGCCUUUACUCGAGGACUGGUCAAGCUCCGCUCUCUGUUUUUGUCCCUACUCUACUUCUACCUAGAUUUCAAAUAUCGGAUCUUUGUCUCUCUGCUAUACGCCGUGUCACGUCUUCAUUCUUUAAGUCAGAACCCGAUGAAGAAAAAAUGUGGGUCGAAGCCACACUUUUUUGUGUGUGUUUGCAUGUGUGUGCGUAUGUGUGUGCUUGUGUAUUAUCCUCUGUCCCUAAAUCGUCAUUAUAAAUGUGUACGCAUUAUUCUCUCUAACAUUAUUCACGCAACAAGUAUGAAUUUUUACUUUUAGUUUUUUUUUUUGCAAACUUAAACGUGUCUUUUUCUUUUAAAUUGCAGAGCAAAUGUUAAAAGUUCUCCACCAGACAAAGGGGAGCAGUUCUUGUAGUUUGGGAGAGGGCAACUCCGUUGGUCUCACGCUGGGUUAGAUUUUGGCAACUGACAAGACACUCUCUUGGUAAUAAAUAAGUACAAUUUAAAAAAGUUACAGUUUAAGAUUUAAAUUUUUUUUUUCAAUGUUAACAACAACAACAACAACAACAACAACAACAAAAACAACAGAAAUUACGUACUACUGUUAUAAACCAUCUGUACUGUUUGCCACCUUGUACAUGCUUCUGAAUGCAUUCUUAAAUAUAAAAAAUAAAAAUACAAAUAAAAAAAUAUGACGUGAUAUUGUACUGUACAGGCCUAGUAUUGCUUUAUAUGCCACUGAAAAUAAAAAGAAAUAAAUCAACAUGGAGUGAGCCAAACGUAGAGAUUGUGAAACUAAAAAGAAAAGAAAGUGUUUUUUUUUUGUUUUUUUUUGUAAUAUUAGACCUCAGUUGUAUCUUUCAUGAGACUUGAUUCAGGGUACGUUAACGAUGCAUUUGAUCAGUUAUGCAAGAUAUUGUGUAACAUAAUACUGUUUAAACUUAUAACCAAGCUUUCACUUACAUUUGACUUUUUUUUUUUCCUAAUCUGAAAACAACACACAUGACUUUCCUGUUCAUUCAUGGAAUAUCCUUCAUUUCAGAGGAUUAGUUUUCACCGUAAUGGCAUUUUAUUGUGUUGUUAUAAACAAACACUGGGCUGCAUUUGAUUUGAUAAGUGCAGUCCCCCCCCCAAACACACACACACACAUACAGAACAGACGCUUUGUCCUGUUGCGUUUGAUUUUUUUACUUUGAUUUUUUUUUGGUUUGCUGUCUCUUUUUAAACACUUAGUGCACAAAUGAUUUGUGGAGCUGAAUUUCAGAUUCUUGACUUGCUCGGGAGUUCGGUUCAGCUCACACUGAGAGGCACUCGUCUCCUUUCUUUGAUGAUGGCUGUUUGUUCGCUUGUAAUCACAAAUCCUUUUGUUCUGGAUGUUUUCCAGCCAACAUGUCUCCUAAUAUUGAAGUAUGUAUCAUCUCAGAUAAAGUGUCUUCUGUUUUUUCUGGGGUUUUUUUUCUGUUUUGAAAUGAAAUAAAAAAAUAAAAAACAUUCAAAGUGAAUGGAACUGUAGUGUUUUUAUUUAGUAUCUAGGAUUCAUUCUCACAUUUAACUGCUUACACUUCCAGGAAAUU